AUGACACAGCCCAAACUAAAAGCCGCCAUCUUGGUGGUAUCGGACACUGCAGCGAGGGAUCCAUCCACGGACCGGGCGGGACCGGUUCUUGCUGAAGCCUUCGCCGCAGAGGCAGAGAAAUGGGACAAGCCAGUGCUCAAGAUUGUACCAGAUGAAAAGGUGCACAUUCAGCGCCAAAUUUGCCAAUGGGCAGAUUCAGAAGAUGAAUUCAUGAAUCUCAUUGUGACCUCUGGUGGCACUGGGUUUGCAGUGCGGGAUGACACUCCAGAGGCAGUCUCACCAUUGAUUCAUCGGCAUGCUCCUGGACUUGUGCAUGGGAUGCUUGCUGCUUCGCUAGAAGUAACGGCAUGGUCUCCCAAAGGCGCAAAGGAGAAUCUAGAAGCCGUCAUCAAGCUGCUACCUCAUGCUUGUAUUCAAGCUGCUGGGGCCGACUCUCGCGCGGUCCAUGCUGGAGGCGUGCAGAAGCUCGAACAGGAAGCCGGCGUCAGCGGUCGUGGUCAUGAACACAGCAAUCAUCACCAUGCCCUUCCUAUACAUGGCGGUUCCCACGAUCAUAGUCACAGCCAUGAGCAUAGUCAUAAACACGGAUGCCCCCAACCCCAUACAUCAAACGACCCAUCUGCUGGAGCAAGCAGACGCCAUCGUGCGUCCCCGUAUCCAAUGAUCUCCGUGGACGAGGCUCUUAAAUUAAUCUACGAGCACACACCUGAACCGGAGGUGGUGGAAAUGCCAGUGGAUCCGUCACUUGUGGGAUUGGUGAUCGCUGAGGAUGUCUAUGCGGGUGAAGCAGUCCCGGCAUAUCGGGCUAGUAUCGUUGAUGGGUAUGCAGUAAUCGCUCCCAAAUCGGCAACAGAACCAAGCACCCAAGGACAAUUCCCAGUUGCCUCGGUGUCCCAUGCACAGGCUGUAUCAAUGCCUCCACACUUGGAAUCUGGAAGCAUUGCCCGUAUAACGACGGGAGCACCUCUGCCGCCCAACGCCAACGCUGUCGUGAUGGUUGAAGAUACCAUUCUCAUCUCUUCUACACCUGAUGAUGAAGAGGCAGUUGUGGAAAUCCUAACCGGAGACGUUAAACCUGGAGAAAAUGUGCGUGAGCCAGGCAGUGACGUUGCUCUGGGCUUUAAAAUCCUUCAAAGGGGCCAACUCAUAACAGCUGUGGGCGGGGAGAUUGGCCUUCUCACAUCAACGGGAACACGAACAGUCAAGGUAUUCAGGAAGCCGCGAGUCGGAGUGAUGAGCACUGGCGAUGAGCUUACCGAACAUACGAGUGCUGAAACCCUUACAGGCGGACAAAUUCGUGACUCAAACCGUCCGUCACUCAUCUCCUGCCUCACUGCAUGGGGGUUUCCUACAUCUGACCUCGGAAUCGCCCGGGAUACCUCCAACGAUUUGGAGCAUCGUCUUCGAAAUGCCCUAAGGGAUGGGGUAGACAUAAUCAUAACCACCGGGGGGGUAUCAAUGGGUGAACUGGACCUCCUGAAGCCAACAAUAGAACGCAAAAUGGGCGGAACAAUUCACUUCGGCCGCGUUGCCAUGAAGCCCGGGAAACCAACAACAUUCGCUAGCAUCCCAUUCAAGCCGUCCGGUUCAAAUCCCUCGGGGCAAUCUGAAAGACAAACCCGUCUUAUGUUUUCUCUUCCCGGGAACCCCGCCUCCGCCCUCGUCACACUUAAUCUCUUCGUCCUCCCCGCCCUCCAUAAAUUCAUGGGCAUGAGCUCACCUUCGGCAUCCCCGGCCCAAAACGCGGAUUUGGGUCUCCCACUCGUCCACGCUACUCUCACUCACUCUAUCCGUGGUGAUCUCAAGCGGAUGGAAUACCACCGUGCAAUAAUCUCGUCGCGGGACGGACGUUUAUUCGCUACCAGCACGGGGACGAGUGGCGCAGGUCAGCGGAGUUCGAGAGUUGGCAGUUUGGCUGGAGCCAAUGCGUUGUUGAUCUUAGAGACGGGAAGGCAGAAUGGGUUCAAAGAGGGUGAAGUUGUAAAGGCGUUGUUGAUGGGUCAGAUCGUUGGAGACAGAUCAGGUUAA